AUGGAUCGGGCGGCCAGGCGGCGAGCCCUGGCCACCGCGCUGGCCGCCUGCCUCGCGGGCUACGGCGUCUACAGGCUGUACCGGUCCGACGCCGCCCGACGGGCGCUCAGAGCGCUCAGGGCGGUGUGGGAGCUGAUCGACGCCUUGGCCACCACGGCCGAGCUCUCCGCCCGGUCCCUGCGGGAGAUUACCGAGUUUUUGGACUCGGAUUCGGACGAGCUGCCGGGCUGCCUGCGGCAGGCAUGCAAGGCGCUGUGCACGGAGGACGCCAGGGCCGCGGUGGGGUCGAUGGCGGCGGCAGCGGUGGAGGGGGCGGCCGCGACGUGCCCUCAGGGUCGGCCCGGACAGGGCGCCGUGGAGAGGUUGGCGGAAUCCGUUCUGCGGGCUUUUGUGGGCGAACGCGGAAGAGGCCUGGUGUCGCUGGCCGCCGGCAUGGCGGCGAGGAACAGCGUGCGGGCGGCGUGGGAUUGCCUGCGGGACGGCGGGGAGCGGGGGGCGGGAGAUGCGGAGGGAUGGGCGAUCCUGAUGGGCAGGCUGGUGAGGGGGAUUGGCAGCGGCGAGGGCGAGCGGCUGGUGGGCCUGGCUGUGUCGGCGUUCGCCUCCGGGUUGGUGUCCGCGUACAUGGACCGGAUGGACGGCGAGAACGUGUUCGACGGGCUGUUCGAGGCGAUGUCGCGGAGCCCCCAUCGGGAGACGCUGCUGCUGGUGGCCGGGGUGUCGUCGCGGGAGGCGGUCUCGGUGAUCUUCAGGGAGGGGGUCCUGGGGGGGGCCGUCCGGGUGCAGGAGCCCGUCUUCGACUCUCUGGACGGCGAAAUUGGAGAUGAGGAAAUUGGAGAUGAAGGGGAGGCCGGGCCUGGCCCUGUGUCCAUUCCGUUGCGCGGCUUGUCCGGAGCGCCGCGCGCCAUAGCGGAGGCGCCCCGGGGGCCGAUUGGGGAAAGGGGGGAUUUCUCUGAGGGCAGCAGUCGGAGGGGGAGCAGUUUGUCAGGAGCUAUCGUGGCCGCUACGAGGACGCCGGAGAUUCGGGACCUGCUGUCCAGCAUGGUGGGCAGCGCGGCGCGGGAGGGCACCCGGGCGGCGAUCCAGUCGAUCCCGGAGGCGCUGUCCAGGGCGGUGCGGUGGAGCGGGCGGGGGUGCAGGGCGUGCAGCAGGGACGGGGAGGUCCCCAGGCAACGGAUGUUCGUGGCCAUGACAGUGCUCAUGUCGGUGAUGCUGUACGCCUCGACGUCGAUGCCCGUGAUUUGA